AUGAGGAGGAAAGAGCUCAGCUUGUGAGAAUCACUGGGCUAGUUCACUUGACUCUUUUUGCAUAGUGAGAUGCUGUUUAACUCAGUCUGUGAGGUGUUCUACACAUGAUGUAGAAUGGAGGUGAGGGGAACUCUUCUGGACUGUAUCACUUCAGACUGCAACUGGGAUCAUCUCCAAUCUUGGAGUUCAGCUGGAAGAGGGAGAGGUUAGAGAUGAAAAGUUCUGGAUGAAAAGCACUGUCUCUAGCUUGCCACUACUCCAUUUGAAAGACCUCUCACUUCCUGUUUUACAGGAGGCACGAUAGAAGAGAUGAAUAGGCAGGGGGAGCCUGCUAGCGUCUGACUCUGAGAGGAAAAAAUGGACGCCGGAGGAAAAAGCCAGGGCAAGGAAGGCAGAAUGGCAAAGAGCUGUGGAGAGACGCCUGUUGCAGGUUUUGCUGCUGAGAGCAGCAGUCAGUUAGUGCGGCCACUUGAGUCACAGCUUGUUGAUCCUGAGGAGGCAAAACUAGAAAGUGAGGUUCAGAAAGGAGGCCCUGUGCACGAGGAGGAGGAGGGCAUGAAGCAGUGCCAGUUGCCCACAGCCACAUCUGCAGAACAGCAAGUACCAUGGUUUGGCUUUGAGAAAGCUUGUACAUUUGUGAGCCAGAGUGGGAAAAAUGUUGUUGUACGAUGCAAUUACUGCCUUCCAAGGAUCAAAAAUCUGAGAUCAGCUGUUUCCCCCUCAUCCAAUGUGAAGAAACAUUUUGAGAGGGCACACCCUGAGAAGCUGAGAGCAAUUGAAGAAGCAAUAAAGGCAAGGAGACGUGGCCUUCCUGAACCAAUGCAUGACACCCCUCCUCCCAAAAUGCUGAAGCAGCAGCAGACAACCCUUGAGAGGUGGGGAUCUGGCAGGGAUCUGCUUCUUCUGGCAGCCUGCGUACACCCUCGCUUCAAACUAGAUCGGCUGGAAUCGUGUCAGGCCACUACCCAUACCAACAAAUACACAAUGGAAGCCUUGUUGAAAGCUGAAAUAAAGAUGGGUGUACUUAAUGAGGACAGUGAUCAGUCUUCAGAUAAAGACCAGGAAGGAGAUGACUUAGGAGAUGACUUCUUUAACUUUCUGCCCCAGGGCAAGAAGUCAGCAGUGGACACUGCUGAGGAGGAACUGGUGAGGUACCUGAGGUCUCCCAGCAGGGAAGUGUCAUCACUCCAUGGCUUUCCACGUGUGCUGCGGUGUUUUUUGCAGCACAACACAGGCAUGCCUUCAAGCGCCGCAGUAGAACGCCUGUUCAGUACUGGUGGCAGCAUAAUGACUGUAAAAAGACAUUCCUUGUCUGACAUGCUCUUUGAGCAUCUUGUUCUUUUGAGACAUAACAGAAACAUAUUAUAAAAGCAUUUCAAGUGUAAAAUUUGAUUUCAAGAGUUGGGGUAUCUUCAUUGCUUGGGGGGAUGUGAGAUUCUGUUAUGCCAUUAUGUUAAUCUUAUGGAUAAUUUUUUUAUUCUACUACCCCCUGUGUGUGUGUGUUUAUUUUUAAUAUUGUUUUAGGCUUCUUAGAUGUGCAGCAGCCAAGGCCAGCACCUUGUAGGAGUUUUUUUAAAAGUAACUGAAACGUAAUUGUAGUGAUUACUUUUGAGAAAAAGUAAAGUAAUUAGUUACUUUCAGAGCAAUUGUAAUUGUAACGGUAAUUACUACUUUUUUGGGCCAAGUAAUUGUAACUGUAAUUUAUUACUUUUUAAAAGUAAUCUUCCAAGCUCUGGGACAAGUGUGAGGAAGGGCCAGUGAUCAUGGCCCUGCUCUCUUCCUCACAAGAUGGUUAAUUGUGUGAAGGGAAUGACUGAACAGAGCUCAGAAAUCCAUCAAAAGCUAAAGUUUUUCAGGACAUGAUCAGACAUCCUCCCCCCAUAUUUUUGCAUGAAAACCUGAGUGGCAUACAUGUUGUAAAUAAAACUCAGGUAAAUCUCAGGUUUCCUCUGAUAUAAAGAUCUUAUAGAAUAGACUAUGCAUUUGAGUACAGAGAGUACCUACAGGAUACAUACAUUCAUAUCAUUGUACCAGGUCUGUACACUCUAUGAUUGCAAUUUAAAUUGGCUAAGAUAGAUGGGUGGAAGGGAGAGUUGAAUCCUCCUAUGGCCCAUGCUUUCCCUGCUAAACCCACAGCUUCCCAGCUAUUUUUCUACCAGGGAAGGGUUUUUCCUGGGAGAAUAGUAGCUGAAGAAAAGCAGGGGGUUGUAUAAUGAUCUUGGAUCUUGUAGGUUCAAAUCCCACAGCUAACACCAUAUAAUAUUUUGGGCUGAUAAAUAGAAACCACAGAAUGACAAGUGGCAUAAAACACAACUUUGAUUGUGGAGUGACAUUAUUUUGAACAGUUGUCUCAAACCUUCCUUUGUUCUAAUAGACCCAUGAGCUCUUUGUGCCUGUCCACAAAUUAUAGGAUCCAAUUAUAAAAUCACCUCUAUGCUUCUGGAAAAUAUUGGUGACAGAUUUGCUAGGAAGCUCUCCUAACCAAAAACUCAAGAGUUCUUUGUAAAUCUGAACCAAUGAGCUGGCAUUUCAGAUCUGUCUGUGGUAAAUGAAUGGUACAACCUCGCCAUUUAUGGGUUCUUUUUUAGGUUUUUAUGUCAAAGGUGCCCAGGGUUUAAUAUUGUCAGAUGCAAUUUUGUCUCAGCAGAGCUAUACUUGUAAUUAAUCCAGGAGCAAACCUGUCAGUUUGGCUCUGCAUGAAGGAAAACUGCUUAGCUAUAUAAGCCUUAAAAUGGAGCUCCAUUUGGCAGAUUGCCCAGCAACAAAUGGUAUGGGGAAUGAUGGGGGGGUGGAGGGGACAGAAAGUGCAUGCAGUAUACCUAAAUCAAAUAUAUUUUGCCGAGUUGAGGCAUCUGAAUGGAAGGAAACAUAAGAAUCCACCCCCCUCAUUUUACAAUUAAGGGGGCGGAGUGGUUUGUUUUUAAAGGAUGUAUGUAAUAGUUCAGUUUGUGUAUCUCUUGGUUGUUGCACAUAUGUAAAUUGCACAACACUGGUAAUUAUCUAUGCUGGCUGCAAAACUAUUAUUAUUAUUAGUUAUUAUUAUUAAAUUUAUAUCCUGCCCUUCCUCCCAGCAGGAGCCCAGGGCAGCAAAUAAAAACACUAAAAACAUUCGAAAACAUCUUAAAAACAGACUUUAAAACAUAUUAAAACAAAACAUCUUUACAAACAUAUUAAAACAUCUUUUUUUAAAAAAAACCUUUAAAAAUAUCUUAAAAAUAAAUUCCAGCCCAGAUACAGACUGUAUACUUGUAUAUGGUACCUCUCUCUACGUUGACUCAUUAGGUUAUCUUUUCUAGAGGCUUGGUCAAAUCUAUGCUGUUUAGAAUCUCUUUAGCUGCUAUAUGUUUUGGAAAGUAGUUUGUCUCUUUGUCCGUUUUCUGUGCAUUUGGACAACUCUUAUUGUAACCAAAUGUUGCGUGGUGGUUCCUGAGAUCAAGGAGCAGGGUUUUUUUCUAUCUUUGGAUACAAACAGAGCUUGGAAAAGUUACUUUUUUGAACUACAACUCCCAUC